CGUAUCUCUCUGUGUCAAAGACUUGCCUCGUCAAAGCACCCCGCUUGCAUCCGUUCUCACCUCCAGGAAGUCGAGCUCCAGAACAGCAACACCAGCGCGAUCAAUCACUAUGUCCAGCGAAGACGCAGCGACAGCUGCAGCACCGCAAGCCCCUGCUCCAGGCGGGGCGCAGCACAAGGCAAAUGGCGGAAUCGAAACCCCUCCGACACUGAGCUCGAGCUCAACACGUCGGCUGUACGACGAGGCCAAGCGUGAGCUUGCGCUCAAGCAAUACUCUCCCGCUGCAGACAAGCUCGCUCGGGUGCUCGAAGCGCUGCAGGAUCGCGAAGGCGAAGGAGAAGAGAAGCAUGCGCAAGAUGCGCCCAUACUCGCGCCCAUCCUGCAUCGCUACGGAAAAGCCAUGCUUGGGUUGGCAGUUGCCAACUCUGGCGCGUUAGGCAGCGGUGGGACGGAUCCCACGGGAGGUGCAGCAGCCCAGGCCACACCUUUAGCAGCAGGGGAAAGUCCGUCGUCGACUUCCACCAGCAAAGCCAACGAUCCUCGCUUCAGUUUUGGCGGUGAUGCAGAGGAGGAGAUGGAGGAGGUGGAGGACGACGGGCAAGAACAACAAGCCGAAGAUGACGAUGAAGACGAGGACGACUUUGGUCUUGCGUUCACCGUCCUCGAUCUCGCGCGCGUGAUCUACGAAAAGCGUCUCGAUGCCGACGGCGCGUCGCCCUCCCUGACGACGUACGAGGGGGAGCAAAUUCCAGCACUACAGAUCAAAGCACAGUUAGCAGAAGUCUACAACGAUCUCGGCGACGUCGGCCUCGAGACGGAGAACUUCCAGCAGGCGUCGACUGACUACGAGCAGUCUCUUAACAUCCUCUCGCCCCUCUUGCGCGCACACUCGCGCCGCCUGGCCGAUGCACAGCUGCGUCUGGGCCUCGCGCUCGAAUUCCAUCCGGAUUUGGCACAGCGACCGCGCGCGCUCCAGUACGUCACAGCUGCCAGCACAACACUCAAGGGCCGCUUGAACGCCCUGAAGGAGAGGGAGCAGGUGCUGAGCAAAGGCGAGGGGAUCGCCGCAACGAACGGCGCGGCGCCAGCGGCCGUGGAGAGCAAAAGCAACGGCAAGGGGAAAGGCAAGGAGGACAAUGAUGAGGGGAAACUGCUCGAAAAAGACGAUGUCGCCGACAUGGACGCGGCGCAAGUCGCACUCGAGACAAAGGACGUGCAGGAGAUGAUCGAAGAGCUGAGCGUCAAGCUGGAAGAGUACGAGCAGCACAGCGCUGCCGCUGGCGAUGCCUCGUCUUCAGCUGCCGCAAGCGCGAUCGGCCUGCCCGGCGGCCUGAAUAGAGCGGCCUUGGAAAAAGCCAUCAACGACGCAUUCCUCGGCGCUAGUACCAACACGGGCGCUUUCUCCGGCUUCCCUGGCGCGUCUGCUGAUCUGGCGGGCAAGCCGGUCAACGACCUCAGCGGCAUGGUCAAGAAGAAGAGGCCCAUCCCUGGCGCAGAGGACGGCAAUGGCAAGCGCAAAUUGGAGGACACAGUCGUGGCAAACGCAACGUCCACAGCAACAGAACCAGCAGCAGAGGCUAACAGUGACGCGAAGCGCGUCAAGACAGAUUGAGCCUGCUGGCAUGUCGCGCCCGCUUUGGCACCACGUCUACACGUUUCCCGGGAAAUCUGUAUUUUGUAGAGUACAGUGAGCGGC